AUCAAACACCAUAGAGAUGAUUGUUGUGAAAGAUGGAGCGCACUCAUAUGGAUGAACAUGUUCAUUCGUCCAGAAGAGGCGGUCUUCAAACUGUCCCGUUCAUAAUCAUUAACGAAGGAUGUGAACGGAUUGUAAACGUAGCGGUCAGUGCAAAUAUUAUUAUAUACUUGACCAAAGAGUAUCAUAUGGGAUCUGCGGAAAGUGCAAUGGUUUUGUUUAUCUACCAAGCAGCUACAAACUUCUUGCCUAUCUUUGGGGCUAUUGUGUCUGAUGCACUAUUGGGACGCUUUCUCACAAUCUCACUCACACUUUUCGCAUGCACGAUUGGAGCUGUUCUUCUCUGGUUGACCACAGUAGUUCCAACAUUGGUCGCAGAAGAUUGUUCAAAUGAAGACCAGAGUUGUCACUCACCGACAACACUACAAUUUUUUGUCUUGCUAACUUCUUUAUUGUUCUUGUCAAUUGGCGCAAGUGGUGUUCGCCCUUGCAGCCUUCCUUUUGGUGUGGACCAGUUUACCCACUGGAGCGGCGCUCCAAAGGACCGUGCGCUCAAAGUUCUAUUCGGCUGGUAUUACGUAUCAAUGGGUGGCUCAGCAAUCAUUUCUAUAACUCUCAUCGUGUACUUGCAAGACAAAUUGGGCUGGAAGAUCGGUUUUGCCAUUUCUAUGGUUAUAGCGGCAUUUGCUGCAAUUUUAAACAUUGUUACAUCGCCCCUUUACAUCAAGGUGAAACCACAGAAAAGCACGUGGAUUAGUUUAGUGCAAGUGGUUUUCAUCGCUAUAAGGAAUCGACACAUUCAGCUUCCUAAAGCAGCAGGUGAGAAUGAUCUGCAUUACUGCAACGUUGGAGGACUGGCAAUGGUUCCAUCAAGCAAAAUGAGGUUCCUUAACAGAGCAUGCGUAUUGAGGGCACAUGUAGAAAGUUCUAACACUGAAGUGCUUAAUUCAUGGAGUGUAUGCACAGUUGAGCAAGUCGAGGACAUCAAGCGUGUACUAAGUGUCAUCCCUAUGUGGUCAGCUACGAUUACAAGUUUGUUGAUCCAAACGGCUUCGUUCAGGGUGCUACAGGCAGAAACGAUGGACCGUCAUGUUGGUAGCACAAGGUUCCAAAUGCCUGCUGGUUCAGUCGCAAUAUUUGAAGGCAUUACAUUCACAUUGGUGUCAGGAUGCAUUACAGGAAGAGAAAAAACGCUUAGUCACAAGCAGAAAAUGGGCAUCGGCGUGCUCUUUUCCAUUGCAUGUGCUCUUUCGGCAUCAGUGGUGGAGGCCAUCCGGAGGAAGCAAGCAACAAGGCAGGGCCUAGAAAAUAAUACUGAUGAUGGUGGGGUUGUAAAUAUGUCAGUGCUGUGGCUAGCCCCUCAAUGUGUUUUUGCUGGCCUCAUUAGUGCGUUUGGAUCCAUUGGACAGAUCGAAUUCUACUAUGAAGUGCUACCAAAGUCAAUGAGUAGCUUAGCACUGGCCCUCCUCCCCCUAGCAAUAGGUGUCGCAAACAUUGCAAGUACAGUGGUCGUCAAGCUCGUCAAAGUGAUUACAUGUAGUGGUGGAAGAGUAGGAUGGCUUCUUGAUAACCUGAACCAAGGCCAUUAUGACUACUUCUAUUUUGUGCUAGCAAUGCUCGGUAUUGCAGGUUUUAUCUAUUUUGUUGCUUGUUGCUAUUGGUUUGAGGAACCAUCACCAAACCAGCUUGUUCAAUCUAAUGAAGAUGAACCAAAUAUGAGAUGACCAUGGUUGGCAUAAAGCUUUCUAUAAUGUCAUUGGGUCAAACCAUGUUUGUCGAGGCAUAGUUUUCAUAUAUAAGUGUAACAUGGCUGUUUAUUGGACCUAAUGUUCUUUUGGUUC